AUGAACUUCGGAUCGGUUCACAUGUGGGAUGGGUUCAUUGAGAUCCUCCGUGGGCUGUUUGAUUUGUCGGAAACGCCAUGCGAUGAAUCUCGACCACGAUGUGGUUCAUGUCAGCGACGAGGAGACACGUGCGAGUAUGAGGAUCCGAUCCGCUUCAAGCAGCAUAUCGUCAAGCCCCGUCGCAAGCGCCGCAAGUCUCCGCCACAGCCGGCUCUCACGCGCAACAGCGACGAGGUGUACUCUUUUGGCACCGAUGAAGGUCCGACGCCGAGUCUUCUGUCGCCCAGCAGGCAUAGUCCUCUAGCGCCGACGAUGGAUUCGGGGGACACGGUCGUACUUUCCCCGCCUCAACAACAGCUCAGCCUGUAUAGGUCGCAGACGAGGGUCUCGGCUGCGUUUUCACAUAGUCCAGAAGUCUGGGCCACGACUCCCAUGAUCGAUCACGAAUAUUCCUAUUCCGAAGCAAAGUAUCUUCACCACUUUGCUAGCGAACUCGGACGUUGGCUUGAUUGCACUGAUCCACAGAGGCAAUUCACAUUGAAGAUACCUCAGCUGGUUCGUCAUGAACGGAUCCUCCUCCUCGCAGUCAUUUGCUUUGCAGCACGACACAUGAAAGAUAAUUCGAAAGCUGUGUUAGCUCACGAAGAGUCUGUAAAGCUCCUCAUAUCUCGUCUGAAUGUAGCCAAUGCGGCGAGCGACGAUGCUUUGCUCUGUGCCAUUGUUAUCCUUCGCGUCUACGAGCAGCUUGACGUAUCCGAUGCUGAAGUUGAUCAUGAGAGACAUCUGGCCGGAUGUUCUGCGCUGCUACGGUCUUCACAAGGUCUCCAGGUGGAUCCAGCGGUACCAACACUACGCCACGCGGCCUUCUGGGUUUACGUUCGUCAAGCGAUGUAUAAUGCUUGUGUCUACCAACAACCUCCAGACGUCGAUCCAGAGACCGAUGUUCGUGUCGUAGAAGUUACACAGAAUGCCAUCAGCUUCACUCAGAUACUGGAACAGCAAGCCUCCUGGACGAAUUCACUUGUCUGGCUAACUAUCAAGGUCAUGCACUUUUGUUUUCGCCCAGGGAGACAAGACAUCACUGUACGCUUGCCCGAAUGGCAAGACCUUGGUGCCGAUCUGGAUCACUGGCAGCGCCAACGGCCCUCGUCGUUCGAACCGAUCUGGGUCGGUCAAGCAGACUCACCAGCAAGCAGCCCUUUCCCCGUUGUGCUGUUGACGACAGACUGGCAUGGUAAGACUAUCUUCUUGCGUCUACCAUACAUUGAUUGA